CGUUACACAGUCACAUGUACGCGCAAUUACACAGCAAUGUAUCACUACACCGGCAACCGCGCUAUACUCCAAAUUCGAAUGGAUAUAAGAAUAUAUGCUCGCCCAGGAAUAGUCAGGUCCACACUGGGUGCAAUAGAAAAAUAGAGCCGUGCAAGAAUGAUUUAUCUUCUCGGCUGUCCAUCUAUUCUGAUAUAAACUCUGUGAAUAGGCGUGCGGAAGGAGGUACGCGUUUGACUGCUUCUCGAUCAGCCCCGUCUAUUCGAAUGUACAUGACUGCAUGUACGCCGCUGAAGAUACCCAACAGUAGGCCAUCGUGUCGCUAUAGUAAUAAGGAAACACAAAGUCUAAACAUUACACACACCCAUAUAAGGCAGUUAGGGUCAAACAAAUCUGGUUCAUUCUUGUCACCCAGCAAUGCUGACCGGUACGCUAUAAGCGCUAGUCUGACACAGCGAACAAGGGGAGUAGAUAUAGCGCAUAGUGAGAAGUCAUGUAUCAAAGACACCACAUUUAGGUAUAUGCGUUCACAUGGUCCCAGCAUAUCAGUACCGCGAUCAAUGCGGUAUAGUCCGGCAGCUAGUGCCACAGAAGAAAUGAAUCUCGCGAGUAUGCGAGGGAGACCCACAUUCUCGCAUAUACACGCGGGAAGGCCUAUCAGAACCUGUUCAAUACUGAAAACUCAACAAACACGAAGUUAUAGUACAGGAGAAAGCAGUACUGACUCACCUGCGCAGGCACUAGUUGAUGGCAGUACUGAAAAAUCCACACAUCCGGCUUCCGAUACUAUUAGUAAUGAAAAGUUUGCCAGUGAAAUGAAGCCAGAUCCUCCUAGAGAAAAGAAAAGUCCACAAUUUUAUAAGUCACUGAGUAGACAGCUUAAGCAACGACGUGAGCUGAAGUACCAAGAGCACAGAUUAGGCCAGGCCCGUGCUUGGGAAAAACCAAUGACAGGCGAUGAAUUCAUAGCUGGCUUUGUUCGAAUUCUAUCUGACAACGGUGUGCCGAAACCAUCAUCACGCAUCAAUCCAAACUCGACAUUGCGAGCGCUCAAGGCGAUACAUAAUAUCUGUGAUCUGCCAAGUGCAGGAAGAAUCAAGCUAAUGUUGGAGAGUAUGGAAAGUCUCGCACAAAGCGGUGCAUCUUUCAACACGCGACACUUCAAUUGUUUCUUGAAUUUGAUGAGCAAAUACCCUGCCGAGGCCGUUGCGCUGGGAGUAGAUACUCGUAUGAUCGUACCCUACAUGGACUCAAAGAACGUCGCGACAGACUUAGUAGCCUACAAGUGUUUGGUGUCCAUCGAAUUGGCGGUGAACGGCUGGGCCGAUGCUUACGGUCUACUGCACUACGCCAAGCGCGAGUACCGCAACAACCGGCACAAGGUGCCUGGGCUGAUGUAUUGCAUGCAGCCCAUCAUCCACGCCCACUUGCGCGAGACUCAGAACGUGGCCAAUGUUGUGCGUGCGGUGAGUGCCUUUCCAGACUGCACCGUCGUGAGUAAGCGUGAGCAGGCGCUGAAGAUCCACAAUCGGGUGUGGGAAAUGAUCCUGAUAUCCGCAGGCGAGCUGCAGGGCCCGGUGGGUGUGCUUGAUGUGGUGAAGCACAUGGGCUACUACGGCCAGGAGCCUCGUAAGGAGAACUUGGCGUGCGUGGUGGAGUUGGCUGUUAAAGGGGAGGGCAGCACCCGCAAGCUGUCAGAAAUACUGCCGAGCCUCGAGGAGGAUGUGAAGCAGCUGAAAGCUCAAGUGUACGCCACGCAGCAGAGAGGUAUCCAGGAAAUUAAAAAAGAGUAUAGCGCAGCUGAGGUGUCAGCUAGGACAUCACAUGCAGCCAGGCCUAAGCCGAUAGCACAACGCAAAUCAGAAAACCUGGACAAUGGAUCACAACUACCUGCAUUGGAACUAGCCAGGCUGUCGGAUUACAAAAUACCAUCGAGAAUCGACACGGUGGACAAGUUUCCGAAGGAACUGCGGCUCGAAGUGUACAAUAAAAUACUUUUGUCGGUGGCAGGGACGAACAAUCUCACGCUCACGAAGAAAGUGAUCCGCCUCAUGACCAACCCAGACAACCCUACACCCCCGUCACGGUACACGUAUGAGCUGCUUAUGAAGCAAUAUGGACACCAAGAUGCGGAGGCCGCCUUCAAGUGGUUUCUGGAGAUGAAGAGUGCCGGUAUACAGCCCACGACCACUACAUACGAGCUUCUCAUGACCAUCUACAAUCGGUUUGGACAGCUAGACAAAACACACAAGAUAUACCGCCUUCUACAGAACGACGAGGGCUGCUAUAAGCGAGAGGGGGCUGGAUUGGAAGUAUUGUCCCUCGGGUACGCACGUGCCGGUAGGUUGCAGGAGGUGCACGCACUGACAGGUAGACCUUCGAAUUAUGGUCAAAUCAUUAGAGGACAGCCGAUUAAUGAGAACUUAGAAAACUGGUCGUCGAAUAGCAGUGGUCAAUCACAGGGUAAGCAACCACUCGCUCGGAGAACCCGAAAGAGGAAGCAGAGUACGCCUACAGGGACGGAAGCGGCGACUGAGAUGACUGAGCCUGUGGGUAGUCAGGAAGUAGGGGGGGGUUUGAUGGUGGAGGCUGACAGAGGUGUGGAGAAUACGGAUACGUAUAGUAAGAUAAGAGCAACACUGGGUAUGUCAAUACCGAACGGGUCAUCUGAAACGAACCUCCCAGGAUACAAGUCAACCGGUGUGGGCGCAAACAAGAACAUAGACACGACGGAUACAGUUCUGUUGGAAAAUAUAAAUAGAAAGAGGAUCAAAUUGAAUAGAAGAAUAGCCAAGAAUGUGAUUCUCUGGACAGAGGCCAACAAUGGGAACCACAGAUACACCGCCAAGAUGCUCAAUGAGAUGCACAAGGGAUCUGCGCAGCAGUCAUUGCUCCAAAGGGACUCUUGGACAGGCGUUUCGUGGAACGAGAUGUGGACAGCACAUCUGCUGGCCACCAGCCGAGGCACCCGAAACUUGCAGCUGGUGGAGAAGGUGCUGAAGAAUAUGUGCAGAGUGGAUGAGUCGCUCGUGAGGUACAAUGCGCUGCAUUGCGCCCUCAGCUGUUUGGGCGAGACACAGUACAAGAAUGGGGGUGUGCGGGUCAAUGUAGAUGCAAACGCCGACCCGAAUAUGGAAGUGGAUGUGGCGGUACGGAUUGUGAGAAGGGUAGCAUCGGCGAUCUCUACGUCGUUGCAGACUGUGCCGAUCGCGGCGCCCUAUGCUCAAACACCGAGAAAAGUAGAUAAUAGUCCCGAUAAAGAAAAGGGCAGACGCAACGGGUCUAAAAGUGGGUCUAGAACGGUUAGAAAUAGUACUAGUACUCGAAGAGCCAAAGUCGCACAAAAGAGGCUGGCAAAUGAACAUGAGAUGAAUGUGGUGAGUGUGGAAGCGGUGGACAACCCCAACCACGGCGAUGUAGCUGACCUCGACGGCUGUUCUCCACUUCGCGUUAUGAAGGUUGUACUAUCGAGAGGGUAUGAGCUGCUGUUUACACUCUUGUCUCAGAACAGGCGGCACUACGAUGUCGACACGGUGUUGCGUGCUAUGCGAUACGACCGUCUUAAGCCGUCACCGACGAUUAUGAGUCAUAUUGUGAAGCUGACAGCGGGCAGGCAUCUAGAGACGGAGCGUAUUCUGCGGGCUCAGAGACGCAAGAUGCGGAUUUCAGGGAAAGCGGCGGCCUACGCUCCGGUCCUUCUCGCGGCAAUAGAGGCGACAUCAAGCAGCAACACGGAGAAAACUUCCGUAGAACUAAUGAAGGAGGCGAUCUCUGAACUGCAUGUGAAGACAGCUUUCAAAGCUUACAAGCUUGUACUACACCAAUCCGGUAGGAUGGGUAUAUUGAACGAACCAGAGCUACUGCAAGAUUUCAUAACCUUGGCAAAAAAACGGAGACUGGAACAGGAAACAGAAGUUGCUGAGGGAAUGAUCCUACCAGGGGGGUCUAUGACACGAAAUGGGGAGGGUGCUUCUUUAUCAGAGAUGUCUGUAGCUCUAAACCACAGACAGUUCUACAGGGCGCGAGACAAGCAGAUGGGCCCAGGUCAGAUUGACGCCAUCACUUUGCAGUACUAUGUACACAGCCUCAUGUCAGGAUUCUGUGCCAAUCUGGACAGCAGUGCGGAAGCCGUACGAAACCAGCAUGCGCAUUCGCAAAAUCCGGCUGCCUCUUAUGUGCCUACGCCCACCUCAUGUUACGUACGACCUCAAAACGACUACAAGCCGUUGCCAUCAUGGGUGGACAAAGGUCGUAUGUGCGAUAUACAAGCACCGCCUACCAAACCAGCUACCGGAGAAUCGAGUGCUUUGUCUGAUGCGGAGUGUAUUGUGUAUGCCACUCUAUCCGUGUGCCAUGGGGUCAUGCAAGCCACAGGCCUUGCAGACGGGAUAGAAGCCCGGAAGCUGAGUGCGCAUGCUCCUCUGGACGAAGGAAGUAUAUACAAGCGGCGACUGAGCGCACUGCACGAGCCCCGCACAGAGACAGAUGACAUCUGCGACAUGUACGAACACGCAGGGCAUGUGCUGCGACAGCUGGCCAUGCAGUGGAUAGGUCAAGGAACCGACGAGAGUCUGCGGAGAGUGUUCGAUGUUAUGGAUGUCAUCGACGCACAGUGCUACAACACGGUGCAGGUACACUCAGGUGACUUGGGGGCCGGUCAGAAGCUCCACAUCGCCGAUCUGCUGGUGGCAGACACACUGCACGAGGCGAGGACAAGAUACUACCGGGCCAUAGCCUCGGAAUUCGUCUCCAAGUUGCCCACUGAAAAGGCUCUCAAACUAUUACUCGAGCGGGUGUUCAAUUGUGCCAACAACGAGUACGCGGGGAAACGUAGUCUGAAGGCCGUGCAGGAACUCUCUUAUGUACUCGGAUGGCAGUAUAACAUUCAAGGCAAAGGCGCCAUGAGGAGGGUGUUGGGUGAGAUUAAUGCCAACUAUACCAAGCAACGGGGUGAUCUCGAUCAGCUCGCACAAUACUAGACCGCACAGGUUGUGAAUUUGCCCCAUGUGUUGGUAUGGGACGUUUGGCACGGAACCAACGGCAGCAGAAAUGGGGCUUGCUUGUAGUUGUAAAGUACACCUAUGUGCAAGCGAUAUGGGUGUCAGAGAAACUGCUGGAGCUGGCCAUCUAAGUGAUGAAUAUAUUAGUAGCAUACACGUGUGAUCUCACAUGCAGACAUUUGAGAUUCCAUGCACCACAACUUAGAAAGCAUUAGAUGGGCGACCUUGGAACACAAGACUAAAGUUUAGCACCCAUUCCUUGUCAUGUAAAAAGUGAAGGGAUAGGUUAUCUCCGGAAUCGAUACCAUGAUAUUCUGAGAGUUGUGGGGAAUUCAGGUCAAGUAGAAGACGAGCGGAGAGGAUUGAGUUGCAAUUCGCAAAGGAACUUUAGAAUAUUGGACUCUAAUACUGGAAAACUGGAGAGAGAGAAACUCCUCGAAUUAAAUGGUG